CUAGCGCGUUGUUUUCUCGUUUCUUCCCUCCCUCCCUCCUCCUGUCCUCCGUCCUCCUGGGUCUGUAUGGGUGCAGACCCAGGACUGGAGAACUAGGGGAGGUGGGUAGAAGCAAUGACCCCGCCGAACACUUCAUCCGCUGCUCUCCUAGCAGAGCAGCGGCAGCGGAGGGGCGGCAGGAUGAACGUGGGCACGGCUCACAGUGAGGUGAACCCCAACACCCGGGUGAUGAACAGCCGCGGCAUCUGGCUCUCCUACGUGCUGGCCAUCGGGCUGCUGCACGUCGUGCUGCUCAGCAUCCCCUUCGUGAGCGUCCCCGUGGUCUGGACCCUCACCAACCUCAUCCACAACAUGGGCAUGUACAUCUUCCUGCACACAGUGAAGGGCACGCCCUUCGAGACCCCGGACCAGGGCAAGGCCAGGCUGCUGACCCACUGGGAGCAGAUGGACUACGGGGUUCAGUUCACGGCGUCUCGGAAGUUCCUGACCAUCACACCCAUCGUGCUGUACUUCCUCACCAGCUUCUACACCAAGUACGACCAGAUCCAUUUCAUCCUCAACACCGUGUCUUUGAUGAGCGUGCUCAUCCCCAAGCUGCCGCAGCUCCAUGGAGUCCGGAUCUUCGGAAUCAAUAAAUACUGAGGGGGCAGCUCCUUCCCCUGCGCAGAUGGAUGGCGGGAGAGGGACAGGAGCCCACGCACGCAGUGUGGCUGAAGGCGGAGGAGCCUCUGGAGACUGCCCGAGACAGGGGUGGGGCCUCUGGGCCCCGGUUCUCCCCUCUCUCCCCCCAGUAGCUGACUUGAAGUAGCUUGUAGUGGGGUUGGGGUGGGACCUGCCCACCCCGGCCCCUUCCCCCUGGGCUCUGACCCUUCUGAUUUUUGGAUCUUGUUUCUUUUGCCUUUGGGAUAGAGACUCCGUGGGGUGGUCAUGGAUGGGCUGGGCUCCCAGGCUGAACACGGACCUGUGAGGUCGGGACAGGCGGCCAGGGGACCCCCCUGCUCGCUUGCCCGGCCUCAGACCACUGAAGCACUUUAACCCCUGCGAGGGGCGGUACAGCUUCUCUGUCGUGUCACUUUGGUCCGAAGUGUGAGGACAACCCUCAGCGUGCGCUUGUACGUGUGCAAGGCAGUGCAGGGCGGCACCGUGUCCCUCCGGGUGGAGAACCGUGUAGUCGAAGCCUCGUGCUUUUGGCAGCUCCCCCUACGGCACCCCCACCCGGGGAGUGGGGUGGGGGAGGGUAAGCAGAGGGGUGGUGGGGCUGCGUGUGGAUGGCAAGGUCCCAGAGGUGAGGGGCCACGGCUGCUGCCAUCCUGCCCUGGUGGAGGCGGGAAGGGGGUGGAGAAGGGGUGGGGAUGGUGAGUUGAGACUCAGAAAAAGGGAGUCAUGGAGCAGCAGAGAUUGGUGUGAGGGAGGGCGGGUGGGGGCACAGGCCAGACCCAGCCUUGUCCUUUGGGAGGUAGUCGGGGAGGGGGCAGGCUUGGAGAGUGGAUUUACCCCCCCAGCACGGUGGUGGUGGUGGUAGUAGGGAGGGAGCCCGCUGCGGGUUUGAAGCUCCUGGGUUGGUGUGCCGGGUGGAGGUGGGUGUAGGAGGCCUGUUAGUCGUUAGGAGCCCAGGUCCGGUUUGACGCUGCCUUCUGCAGUGGUGUGAGGGGCGGGGGGAAACCGGGUUAGAAAUGAUGCACGGGGACGCCCUUCCGCAGCCCUUCACCGUGUAGACAGGCGUUGGGGCAGGGCCACCCGUGGGGCUAUUCAGGCCACCCCUGAACCGGCUGGUGGGCUGCAGAGCCCUGCACAGUCCCUGCUGGGUGGGCAGGGUGGUGGACAGAGCAAGGGGUCGCCUGCAGGCGCCGUCUCCUUACCCAGAGGGGAAGCGGUGGGGCAGGAGCCCGAGCUCGCUGGAGAGGGGCCGCCUUCUCCCUCCCCGGUCCGACGAGGGCCUGUGCUCUGAAAAGGCAGGCCUGCCCGCACCCCCUCCCAGGGCCCUGAGGGACGAGGGGAGGUCACUGGCUCUGGUUUCUGCCUCUUGGGCCCCCCACCCCCACCCCAUGUAUCAUAGGGAACUUUCACCUCAAAAUCUUUCUAAGCAAAGUGUGAAUAGGAUUUUUACUCCCUUUGUACAGCAUUCUGAGAAACACAAUAAAGGACCGUGUGUUCCUGUGUC